UUCCUUUGUUGAUAAAUUAAUCAACAUUACAUUGCAAUUGGAAGUUAGACUUGAUAGUAGUUACUUACUUACUCGAUUACUAAUCUUCUGUCAACAUAGAAGAACUAUUGUAAUUAUGUUGUUUGUACCUAUUUGACAUACUACAUUUUUAUGGUGUGUUGUAAUGUGAUAAUUAAUAAAAAUAAAGAAAAUAGUUGCCAGAAAAAUUAACUGAAUUGGAGUUUGACAUGUUCUGUGACAUCUACUAAGUUUGCUUUUAUUUGUACUCUGUUGUAUUAAGCAAAAUGUUUAAGUUUAAUACAUCUAAUAAACAUACAUCUAAUAAUCAGACAGAUAAGGAUCUUAAAGAAGAAGGUAAUAGGCUGUUCAGCUACAAACAGUAUGAAAAAGCCAUUGAAUGUUAUAACAAAGCCAUAAUAAAAAAUCCUGUUGUUCCUAUAUAUUUCACUAAUCGUGCUUUAUGUUAUUUAAAGCUAAAACAAUGGGACAAAGCAUGUACAGAUUGUCGACGUGCUUUAGAAAUGGAUUUUAGUUUUAUUAAAGGAUGUUUUUUUUUGGGAAUAGCUUUAAUUGAAUUAGGUAGUUAUGAUGAAGCCAUUAAACAACUACAAAGAGCUCAUAACUUAACAAAAGAGAAAAAGAUUAACUAUGGUGAUGAUAUAACAAGUCAACUUAGAAGGGCUCGUAGACUUAAAUGGGAAAAACAAGAAGAAGUGAGACAAAAUCAAGAAAUCGAACUUUUGUCGUAUUUAACUAAAUUAAUGGACGAUGAUAUAGCUCACAAAAUUAACGAGAUACCUAAGCCAUCAGAUAACGAGGUUGAUGUUGAAGAGUAUGAGAAUUGUGUAAUGGAAAUCAAAAAUCAAAGUGAAAAAUAUGCAGCUGAAUUGCAUGCAAUAUUUUCGAAAAACGACGAUAGAAGAAAGAAACGUGAAGUACCUGAUUACCUGUGUGGUAAUAUAAGCUAUGAUAUUUUGAGGGACCCAGUUAUUACUCCUAGCGGCAUAACAUAUGAUCGUAAGGAUCUAGAAGAACAUUUGAUGAAAGUAGGACAUUUUGAUCCCGUGUCACGUCAACAUUUAACUGUGGAUCAACUUAUUCCGAACUUGGCCUUAAAAGAAGCUGUAGAGGCAUUUGUAAUGGAAAAUGAAUGGGUCAAUUACUAUUGCACAUUAUAGAAUCAUUUCAACAGAUAUUAAUUUUAGGGAUAGUACCCUAUUUUGUUAAUACUUACAUAUGUAAAUAGAACGAAUAUUCUGUAAUAAAAGUAUUGUAGGCAUAUAUUAUACUUAUUUUUAUUGAGCACUAACUACUAAAUUUAAAUAGUAAUUUUAAAUUAUAUUGUGCUAAAACAACAUAUUUCAU